AUGUUGAAAGCAGGAUUAUUACCUUCGCCGAUUAUUAUUCCAUUAUCAUCGAAUCCACUUUCAUCAAAAAAUAAAAUUGAUACACAAACAUUUAUUGAAAUUCGAUCAGAUGUUCCAAAUGUACGUAUUUAUUUUACUGUUGAUGGAACAAAACCUGAUCCAUUUCAAAUAUUUCGAACUGGUUCAAUUUCAACUUAUCUUUAUCGUGGAGCAUUUCGUCUUGGUUCAGGACGACGUGUACUAAAAGCAAUUGCUGUUACAAAUAAUGGAUUACGUGAAAGUAAUAUUAUAACAAAAUUUCUUGAUGUAAAUGAUAAAUAUUCAGAAAAUGAUGAUGGUAGUCCGCAUGAAUAUUCAGAUAAUGAUCAAAGUUUAGUAGAUCAAUAUCAAUCGAAAGAUGAUUUCAAUCGAUCGAAAUUGGAUGAUGAUUUUAGUAUUCAAAGUAAUUUUGAAGGUCCUAUUGCACCUGCUAAUUAUUCUGGUACACAAGCCAAUGUUUGGAAUAUACCUGAUGAAAAUUGGAUUGAUCCAAAUCGAAAUUCUCAAUAUGAAUAUACAAGAGAACAAAUAGUUGAACGUUUACCACCACCACUGCCGCCGCCGCCUCGUAUUAUAGAUACAACAUAUGAAGAGGAAAAUUUUUGGGAUCGAAAAACAAAACCAUUAAGUCCAGGCAAUGGAAAUUGGAAGAAAACUCUUGAACAUCUAUUCUUAAAUAUUUUUAAUUAUGUUAAAGAUGAACGAGAAUUACGUGAACUAUUUGGAUGGAAAAUAUUCGGACGAAUUGAAACAAUUCGUCUUAUAGAUAAAGGUAAUACUUAUCAAGUGUUAUCAACAUUUAAAAAACCUCUUGGUGAACAAACUUUUCAUGAAGAACCACCACUACCAUUACCUAUUCGAAAACGUUCAUCAAAACGUCGAUCUACAAAACGAAUACGAACACCACCUGAUACUGAUGAAGAAAAAUCUAUUCGACAUACUCAAUCAUUAAAACCACUUGAUAUUACGGAAGAAAAGUCUAAUCGAAAGAAUCAAUCAUUAAGAACAUAUGAUUCUGAUGAAGAAAAAUCUAUUCGAUAUACUAAUUCAUUAAAGUCACCUGUUCGUCAAGAGAAAUCUAUGUAUGAUGAAGAAGAAGAACAACAACGAACACCAAAAAUUUAUACUGAAGAAACAGAAGAACAAGGAACACUUGUACCAUUUCCUAAUUUUAAUGUCGACCAAGAUUGUGAAAAUCUUCAUAAAUCAAUGAAAGGUAUUGGAACAGAUGAAGAUAUACUUAUAAAUAUACUUGGCAAUCGUAGUAAUGAUCAACGUUUACAAAUUCGUGAUAAAUAUAAAACUAAAUUUGGUCGAGAUUUAGAAAAUGAUAUAAAAGGUGAUACAUCAGGAAAUUUUCGUAAAGUUUUAAAAAAUCUUCUCUAUUCUCCUGUUGAAUAUGAUUGUUAUGAAUUACAACGAGCUAUUAAAGGACUUGGUACAAAUGAAGAAGCUUUAAUUGAAAUAUUAGCUAGUCGAUCAAAUAAACGUUUACAAGCUAUAAAUGAUCUAUAUUCAAAAUUAUUUAAUCAAUCACUUGAAAAAGAUAUUAUUAGUGAUGUAAGUGGUCAUUUGAAAAAAUUAUUAGUUGCAUUACUACAAAGUCAACGUCCAGAGUCGAAUCGAAUUAAUGAAAAUGAAAUUAAAAAUGAUGCAAAACAAUUAUAUGAAGCAGGUAUAAAGAAAUGGGGAACAGAUGAAUCAAAAUUUAUUCAAAUUCUUUGUAAUCGAAGUAAUGUACAAUUAAAAGCUAUUUUUGAAGCUUAUCAACAAUAUAGCAAAAGAGAUAUUGAAGAUGAUAUUAAAUCAGAAACAAGUGGAAGUUUAUGUAAUGGUUUAUUAACAAUCGGUAAGUAUGUUGAUAUACAACGAAUCUACUGA